AUGGCAGCGUUGUAUGGCGCAUACACGUUGUGCGGUAUCGUCCCUUCUCAAAACCUCACAUCUGCAGGUUUACAUGGCAUCAAAUCAGAGAGAGAUCAGGACCACGUACUGGUCACAGACUCCACCAGAUCUGUCACUUUGUACAAGGUGUCUGAUCAGAAGCCCCUCUGCAGUUGGACUGUAAAACAGGGACAACGUUUGACCUGUCCGGUAACUUACAACUCUAUUACAAAAGAAUAUGUCGCUGUUUCUGACCACAAGGUCAUUCGAAUAUGGAAAGAAGACGAGAUAACUCUAGAGAAAGCCUUCAAAGCAACAGUGUCUUCAGAUGUGUGGCAGGUCCACAGUGCACCGGGAGCAGACCCUGUAGUUUUAUUUCGAAGAGGAGCCGUAAGACUUCUGGAUUCUAUAUUGGCUGCACCACAACAAACUGUGGAGGAUGUUUUGGCUCAGGAUGAAAUCCUAAGGUGGAGCACUAACCUGAUUGCAGACUCUCAGCAUUUUGUCAUUUUCACAACAGAACAGAAAGGUGACCACUUCUUGUACCUGCAGCGGUUGAACCCAAACAGUCUUCAGAAAUACAGCCUUGAAAGGGAGGAGCCUGAGCUCUCUCCUUUGAGCUUCUGUGUUGCUCUCAGGAACAAGCAUAUCUUCUUGGUUUACCUCUAUCCUAAUGGUCAUGUGUACCAGAGUAUGGUGCUGGUGCGAGGUGUUGGUGCUGAUGAUGGAACUGUGGCUCAUACCUUGCCCCGUAGUCUGGUCCUGAGCCUCUCUGUGGGUGAUGGACUUCUGGACUCUGCGUCUGCCCUAAUCCUGGAUGAAGCGCACGUUGCUGUUGUAGGUGUCCCACACCCCUCGGCUGGAGCUAGCAAAGACUUUCUUUGUAUCUGGAACAUACACUUUCAAACUCUUCAGGCUGGUAAAGAGAUGGCUGGUACAAUCUAUGGCCAGCUUUGGAGUUUCUCAAAUAAGUUGUUCAUUCCUCAUGGUAAAUCGCUCUCUGUGAUUCGUUAUGAGUGUCCAAAGUCUUGCCUGGCCUCUGCUCUGGGAAAAAUGAGGCAGGCAAAAUCUGAAGACUGCAAAGGCCCUUCUUCUGUGCCUUCAUGGAGUAGUUUAUUGCAUGGAGAGAAGGUUCCACAAUCCAGAAAAGACAGCAGAAAAAUGAGAAGUUUGAAAACUAAAUCUGAGCGCUGUCAGUCAAUCGAACAGAUGUUGGAACUUAUUAAGACUGGUCCAGUGGAGGAGGUGCAGCCUGAAGUGGAGGCUUAUGUUGCCAAAUUAGACACCCAUGACUUGCAGCUCAUAGUUGGACAGCUUUCCUCAGCUCUUGUGUGCCGCAGCUCAGUAGAUUUGUCCUUCUACACUGGGAGCCUCCUAUCACAGCUGGUUCAGUCACGGACUCUAUGCCACAGCCUCUGCCCGGACCUCGUUCUUUUGACCCUUGAGAAAAGGGACUACUUUUUGUGUCAAAUCUGCUUGCAAUUCUUUCCUGAUAUCCCUGAAGCUAUUACCUGCACAUGUCUGAAGGCUUUUAUCAGUAUGACAGAUGGAGACUCGGAGAUUGUACAGUUGGAGCCUGCAAGUGUGUCAUUCAUGCAGACGUUGAUUUCAAAAGACAAUGCACAGCCUGCCGCACAAAAUGGCUGUAGCCCCACUUCUGAUAAGACUGAAAUCAAUGAAGGAGAUGGCAUGAUCACAAAGAUCAACAGACCACUCAAGGAUAUAUGUCCCGUCAGCUUGAAUAAAGCAGUCCUGUUAAAUCAAAUAUUACAGACUCCAUAUAGUGAAAAUUACCUACUUCCUCACAUCAAGGACCUUUCUUCUCACCAUGCCAUUGUCUUCCUCCGAUAUCUCCAGUUUCUGUAUUUGAUAUAUUCCCAGGAUGCUUUGCCACAGAGGAAACAACUAAGGGCACCCACAUUCAGUCAGGUUAUGGAUUGGGUCUGCUUGGUGUUGGAUGCUCAUUUUACAGUUUUGGUGAUGACUCCAGAGGCCAGAGAAUUGCUUCUACACCUGAACACCUUUGUAAAGUCUCAGGUGAAGCUGUUUUCAGAGCUUGGAAAGAUUGAGAGCAGCCUUGAGGAGAUCAAUAAAAUGAGAGUACAAAAGGACAUUGGACAAUAUUCAAUUGAAGUGUUGGAGUUGUAUUAA